GCGGGCACAAGGGUCGUCGACGCCGCCAGCAUUUCCGACUGAUAUCAGCUGGUCGACACCCUACACGGGUGGCAGGCUACCCGCAGAUGGCGACAUACACGCAACCCCUCGGCCGCUCUCAUUCAAUGCACCAGCAGUUCAGCGUCUCACACCCGCCUACUUCGCAACGGAAACAGGCGUCAAGACAGCGCUUCGUCACCGAAUUCUCCCAAUGUCUGUUUGACUUUGUAGUACAAUUGCUGCCAACACAGGAAGAACUCGCGGUGAAGGAAGAUGUCCGCAAGUUACUCGAGAGGCUGAUCCGCACAAUCGAGCCAGAUAGUCGCCUGCUGUCAUUCGGAAGUACUGCCAACGGAUUCAGUCUACGGAAUUCGGAUAUGGACUUAUGUUGCCUGAUCGACUCCGAAGACCGCCUUAGUGCCACGGAUAUGGUCACGAUGCUGGGUGACCUUCUCGAGAGAGAGACCAAAUUCCACGUUAAGCCCCUGCCCCAUGCACGCAUACCGAUCGUCAAGUUAUCGCUGGACCCGUCGCCGGGUCUCCCCCUAGGGAUAGCUUGCGAUAUCGGAUUCGAGAACAGACUUGCUCUCGAAAAUACAAGACUUCUGAUGUGCUAUGCUAUGAUCGACCCUACGCGCGUGCGCUCCAUGGUGCUCUUUCUGAAAGUAUGGGCUAAGCGGCGCAAGAUAAAUUCACCCUACAAGGGUACCCUGUCAUCCUAUGGAUAUGUGCUGCUUGUGCUAUAUUUCCUCAUCCACGUGAAAAACCCACCUGUGCUUCCCAACCUGCAGCAAAUACCACCGCUCCGCCCAAUAUCUGAGGAAGAAACACAUCUCCAGGGGCAUAAUAUAUGGUUCUUCGACGACAUCCAGCUUCUCCGCCAAAGAUGGCAGUCGGCCAAUACCGAGAAUGUGGCUGAGCUGUUAAUAGACUUCUUCCGCUAUUACUCCCGGGACUUCCCCUACAGUGUUGGUGUUGCUUCAAUUAAAAAUGGGUUGCUCACGAAGGACAGCAAGGGAUGGCAAAGUGAUCUUGACAGCCCUCGAUACAAUGAUCUCCGAGAACGGAAUCGCUUCUGUAUAGAGGACCCGUUCGAAACGGAUUUUAACGUCGCCAGAUGCGUUACCAAAGAAGGGUUAUAUACGAUACGUGGCGAGUUCAUGCGUGCUUCGAGGAUCCUUGCCAGCCGGCCAGAGCGUGCAAUCGUUGCAUUGGCUCAGCUCUGCGAGGAACGUCCAGAUGAGCAACUCGGCCGCCCAUUACCCGCUCGCUCUGCUUUCGUGCCUCCACGAUUAUCUCCCGUACCACCGCAGAGUCCUUACACUAUCGGCAGCAAUCCCCUUCGUCCCAACAGGCUGUCAGUCGUGGAGAAGCUGGCUCCUCAAACACAGGUCCUGCCAGUGAACGUCGAGCAACAACCUCCGCCACCUGUGCUGCAAGUACCGCCCAGUCCCCCUCCUGACCACAUGGCCCCCAAACGGUCCAAAUGGACCAGUCCACCACCGCCAGAAGCGCCGCCUUCCGUUCACGCUUCAUUUGAGGACCAAUUCGGAAAGGGUCUUGAGCUUGCUACAGCGUCCUCAGAAGCUAGAGAGGAGCAAACUGGUUCUUAUUCGUCGAAUAAUAGCGAAGUGCCUACCGACGACGAAGUACCUACGGACGGCCUUGAUUCUGAUGAUGUCCGAUCUGUUCAUUCUUUCACCGAGGAGUCGCUUCCAUCAUACCGAGAGCCCGGACCAUCCAGUCUAGGCCGACAUCCCCGAUCACGCUACAAGGACGAAGGGCCGGCGUUGCCGCGACGCAUGACUGCUCAGGAUACCGCCGCGCGUCAGUUGCAAGCAGCUCUCCGCAUGCGUGGACGAAUGUCUGCCAAGCAAGCUAGUCCUUUGCUGUCGCCGUCGGGGUUUACCAGGCCCCCUCCUGGUGCAUUUUCGCCAAUACGUUCCGAGUCCUCGCGCAGAUCGUCUUCAGGGCCGCCGCGUAUAGCCGAUAAAGCUUUGCUGUCACAUGUACAAUCUAGGAUCCCAACUACAAUAUCAUCGUCACCUGCACCACGCCCGAUAAUCAUACCACCACAACAGGCUUCCAAUGUAUUUUAUCAAACCUCUCCAGCACAGGAAAGAGCAACAUAUUUAUACCCAAAUCCAGGAUCGUGUACAUCAUUAUAUUCCCAGUAUCAAGCGCAACAGCACUACUACACGGACGCAUCUUCACCUAAUACUGGUCAUCGGCCAUCGACGCAAUUGGCGCCGGAGAGGAACUCCCCCGCUUUCGAAACGCCAGACAGGUCCCCUACGUUAUCGCAAAUGGCUCAUGAGGGCGCACCCAGUACUGGCCACCGACUAUCGAUGCAUAUAGCGCCAAAGAUUAUCGCGCCAGACUUCGAUACCCCCGACAGGUCCCCUACCUUGUCGCAGAUGGCUCACGAGGGGGAGAUCUCACCCACAUACAGUCGUUUUUCGCAUGCACAUUCGCAUUCUUCUGCUACCAUCACUCCAAGGGUCUUCCACUUUGCUCGAUCCCAGACCCAUGCCGACGAUGGACAUUCAUCGUCGCCAGAGCCACCUAGUCGGCCUCCUUCGAGGCGGUCAGGGGGACGAGCAGAAGCCGGAUCGGCGUCGUCGCCAGUGUCUGUCUCGACUCCCAGCGUCUCGCCUACCUCCUCAGUGAGCUCGCAUUAUCCUGUUUCCGUGUCACCAUCGUCUACGUCCCCGCCAUCUCCCCACCACAGUCCUCGGUUCCACGAUUCUAGUCCUAGGAUCGGCAGGCCGGAGCAGAGCCCGCGCCCAAAACAGCGGGAAGAUGCCCUAAUCAGCGACAGCAUGAAGAGACGGGAGGCCAAAGUAACGGAUUCCUUACGCGAUCUGUCUCUGAAGGCGUCCUGA